GCUGUAGCCGUUUGUGUCACGGCGGUCAGAGGUCGGCGAUUCGAUCUCGAAUCAAAUCGGGGUUGGUCGAGGCGCUUCCGUCGUACGGGAGGGAAGGAAAAGCAUAAGAGAAAGUCGGAAGAAAGAUGUCGGGAAAUUAUUCGGUCCGGUGCGAGCCCGGUCUAGUGGUGCCGUUAUGGGGACCACUGGAGAACCUCUAUCUCUCCGAUGUGAUUUUCCGCGGAUUUGUCUACUUUCUUUUGCUGUUGUACCUGUUCAUCGGCGUGUCGAUAAUCAGCGAUCGUUUCAUGGCGGCGAUCGAGGUAAUCACAUCGAAGGAGAAGGAAUUGGUGGUUCGCCGCCAGGGUAAGGAGCCGCAGAUCGUGGUGGUGCGGGUGUGGAACGAGACCGUGGCGAAUUUGACGUUGAUGGCGCUGGGUAGCAGCGCGCCGGAGAUCCUCUUGUCGAUCAUCGAGAUCUGGGCGAAAAACUUCCAGGCUGGAGAAUUAGGGCCGGGCACGAUCGUCGGCUCGGCUGCCUACAAUCUCUUCGUCAUUAUCUCUCUGUGCGUGUUCGUGAUACCAAACGGCGAGACCAGGAAGAUCAAGCACCUGAGAGUGUUCUUCGUGACCGCCACGUGGAGCAUCUUUGCUUACGUUUGGCUGUACGUGAUCCUGGCGGUUUCCAGUCCCGGCGUGCUCGAGGUUUGGGAAGGUAUCCUCACCUUUUCAUUCUUCCCAGCCACGGUUCUCACGGCCUACGUGGCCGAUCGACGUCUGCUCAUCUACAAGUAUCUGCACAAAGGCUACCGGAUGAACAAGAGAGGAGUGAUCGUGCAGGCCGAGGCCGGUGAUUCGGACGGUGGGGUGGAGCUCGAGAUUAAACCUCAGCAGGACAACUUCCACAACAUGACGGACGCCGACACGCCCGAAGCAAAGGAGUUCGAGCAGACCAGAAGAGAUUACAUCAACACUCUGAGAGAACUAAGAAGGAAACAUCCCACUUUGCCGCUGGAACAACUGGAGGUGAUGGCUCACGAAGAGGUGCUCGGAAAGGGGCCGAAGAGCAGAGCGUUCUACAGGGUACAGGCGACCAGGAAGAUGGUCGGCGCAGGAAAUCUGAGCAAGAAGAUCAGCGAAAGGGCGCAGAGCGAUCUGAGCGAGGUCAAGGCCGAGCUGCAAAGGCAAGAGGCGGAGAGCAUCGACAUCGAGAACGUGAACGCCAUGAGAAUCUUCUUCGAACCUGGCCACUACACCGUGAUGGAAAACGUCGGUACCUUCGAGGUAGGAGUGACCAGAGUUGGCGGUGACCUAACCAAACCGUGCACCGUCGAUUACUGCACCGAAGAUGGCUCGGCCGAGGCUGGUUCCGAUUACAUCAGCGCCAAGGGCACUCUAACCUUCGAUCCGGGCGAGACCAGGAAAACCAUCAAGCUCUCCGUCAUCGACGACGAGCUGUUCGAAGAGGACGAGCAUUUCUACAUCAGAUUGAGCAACGCGUCGCAGCCUGCCAUGCUGGUGUCACCUAGCUUGGCGACCGUGAUGAUCCUCGACGACGAUCACAGCGGCGUGUUCGGCUUCCCCGAAAGAGACAUCGAGCUGGUGGAAAGCGUUGGUCAGUUUGCUCUGCGGGUGGUGAGAUACAGCGGUGCCAGGGGACGUGUGACCAUCCCCUAUCGCACCAUCGAAGGAACGGCCAAGCCUACCAAGCAGUACAUGCACACGGAGGGCUCGCUCACCUUCGAGGACAAUCAGACCGAAAAGCUGAUCCAGCUGUCGAUCAUCGAGGAGGAUUCGUACGAGAAGGACGCGCUGUUCUAUGUCGAGUUAGGCGAACCACUGUUACAAGGAGCCGAGGCAGGGAUUGCAGUGGCGGCGGAAAUGAAGCAACCGGAGGAGCGCACUGCCGAAGAAAAAAUGGCGUUGCUUGGGAAACCGAAACUGGGCGAGGUGUCCAGGGCGCAGAUACGAAUCAAAGAAUCGAAGGAGUUCAAGAACACGGUGGAUAAACUGGUGCAGAGAGCCAACGCUUCUAUCCUGCUCGGAACGAGCUCGUGGAAGGAACAGUUCACGGAGGCGUUGACGGUGAGCGGCGGCGACGAGGACGAGGGCGAAGGUGCUGGUGAACCAAUCUCACCGUCCUCCUUGGAUUAUCUGAUGCACGGCUUGACGUUAUUGUGGAAGGUGUUGUUCGCGUUCGUCCCACCAACUGAUAUCGCCGGUGGUUACCUGUGCUUUGUCAUCAGCAUAUUCGGAAUCGGUGUGGUGACGGCGGUAAUCGGAGACGUCGCAUCCUACUUCGGCUGCACCCUGGGAAUCAAGGACUCGGUUACCGCGGUGGUUUUCGUCGCUCUUGGUACCAGCAUUCCCGACACGUUCGCGAGCAAGGUGGCCGCCUGCCAGGACAAGUACGCCGAUGCGAGCGUGGGCAACGUGACCGGAAGUAACGCGGUGAACGUCUUCCUGGGGAUCGGCAUUGCAUGGAGCAUCGCAGCCAUCUACCAUGCCUUGCACGGUGAAAAGUUUUUGGUAGAACCGGGCAAUUUAGCCUUCUGCGUGACGUUGUUCUGCACGGAAGCUUGCCUGGUAAUCCUGAUUCUGCUACUGAGGCGGACGAAGAACAUCGGCGGCGAACUCGGCGGACCUUUCGUACCGAAGCUCGUUACGUCGCUGGUCCUUUUUUUCCUCUGGGUGUUCUACCUCAUUAUGUCGAUCCUCGAGGCCUACGGCUACAUCGAGGGCUUCUAAAAGGAGCCCGUUCAACGCUCGCAAACAUCGGCCUACAACCGCUCCGCGUGUAUCUUAAACUCGUCGCGUCCGCCAAGACGUGUGCUCAACGAAACGUUCUCUCGGACAAAAGGGAAGUGGAAUCGAAAGGGUGCGAUUUCGCUGGCGAACGAACUGUCUGAACUGUGCGCCGGAAAAUCACUGGUAGCUUUCACCCUCCCACACACGGGAUGAACAACAACGAACGUGAUCGCGUGGCGUUAUCGAAUGCGUGCAUGUGCGUAGGUACCUGAGAGAAUGAGCGUGAGAAAGGGAGAGCGCGAGUAUGUGUGAGAAGGAGCGAAUAAUUGGGAACGAAACGAAAGCAGUUAAUCACAGGAAAGGGAAGAAGUAGAAGAGAAAAGUGAGUAGAAGAGGAGAAGGGAGGAUGUACGAGAUGGACAAAGGAGAAGCUUACGUGUGCGAGGAAGUAAAGUGAGUUUGCCUUAAACAUAAUUUAACGUAAUAAGACGUACGAAAGGAACGCGUUCUAGUCUCCGGCCGUGGCUCGUACGUUCACGGCUCUUAUCAAAUAGAAUGCAAGAUAACAAAAAUCAGAGAAGGAUAUAUUAUAUACAUAUAUUAUAUACACAGACACACGUACGUAUAAAUAGCGUAUUUAUUUAGUCCUUGAUGGAACACAGGUUUCUAUGGUAUUUUAGUAGCGGAUUGUAUUGCCAUUCCUCUUUCGCCAGAGAACGAUGUCGCUAAUUUUAUAUAAACGUAUAUUAUCAUACGACGCUCCUUUCGGAACGCUCAUCGAUCUUUCGCGAUCCCGCGGUCGCGAUAAGUUUUCCGGGCGGCCGUAGAGUUCCGUUAUAUCGAAGGAAGUCGUAGAUCGGAAUCGAUUUGCAUGAGAAAAGUCCGAAUCGCGACCUCACACAGGAAUACUACACGUAGAUAAAUAAGUUGAAGAUAUAUAGCCGCGGCGAGAGCAAGGCAAUGUACAGUGGAAGCGCAAAUUAUUCACCGACUCCCUCGCGAAGGGGUAAGAUUCUUCGAAUAGGAAGACAAACGUUCGACAUUAGAAUCCCUCGGACGCUGGCAAGAUUCCUUUUAAACCAACAUCCUGUUUAAUCGCGUUAUAUCGAUCGUACUUAUCGAUUUAGCCAAUACGCUGAUGGAGUAUUUCGUCUCGACCGUGGUUUUGCCUAUUCGCAAUAAAUGACUCUCGAACGGAAAAUAAAAGGAGAGAUAGAAAGUAAUAGAAGCGCGAUCUCGAUAAUAAGCCAGCUCGCCGCAACGAUUGCUUAGAUCGUUACCACGAUGAAACAUGUUUGCUAUUUAUUAAGAAUUAAAUUAGGUAGUGCGACAAACAUAAUGAAAGACGCGCGCACGGUGUACGGCGGCCUUCGUUCGAAUGUCGAAAUUUUCAUUGGUGUUCACUGCCUUUGAUCGACGGUCGCUUCAACACCUGACGCGUCGAGUAACCUUAAAACAAUUGAACGGACAUUAGUAGAACGACGUAGAUCACGUACGAUGUAAAAGGAAAAGAAAAAAGAAAAAAAAAAUAGAAGCAUACGAAGAAGAAAAGCGAGCACGCGUUAAAAACAGCCGCAUCGACACGAGCAAUAGUGAGUUUCUGAGACCGUGUGCUCGAGGUUCGACAUUGAUAUCGGAUAUCCGUCGGAUACUCGAAAAAUCACAGUGACUUAUUAAACGUUCUCAGUGAGAACAACUGUUCGAUUAAUUUUAGCGAAACACUGAUCGGCCGACACGUGGCUGAAUCUAUUGUAGUUGAACGUGUCCUUAACGGCCACUCGUCUAAAAACCUAUAGUUACGUAGAGAUUUAACUAACACUGCAAAGGUUGUAACUGACUAAAGUAUUUACUGUAUUAUUUUCACCGUACACCGAGGCAAUCGAGGAGAACACGUCCGCGAUACGAAUCAGUCUCGCGAUACGGAUUCUCAUCGACGUGUCCUUGACUCUCGCCUUUCCGUCGUGGAUUAAAUAUAGCAGAUAAUUCUGCCGUCUGUUAAUCUCCGAGGAACGACAAAAAUUAUCAAGGUCGUUAAAAUUUGCAGACAUAGCUGAUGAAUGAUUCACGCUCAGAUCGUCGAACGAGCCUUAUCACCCUAGAAAACGCGCGUAAUUAACAGGAAAAUGAUAAAAGAGGCCAGUCGUAAAGAAAUAAUUGUGAUCAUGUUCGUUAUUUACGAGCGAAUUGCGAAAGAGCCUUUAAACGAUUUCCAAAACGAUGUACAAGGGAUAGGCGUGCUUCCCUUUUCGUCCGAGGACACGAUGAAAUGGCCAAUAGGGGCAGUGUACCUGCGAAGAAUCUCUCGGUAGACGCAGAACGUAGGAGAACCGGAUUUUCACGGGGAGCGAAUCAAUUCGUGCGAAUUGCAAGUCGUUUGCAGGCAGAAAAACGCAAGAGAAAACGCGGCUGCGGCUUGAACGCGCGCGCCAGAGUAAAAAGACGCGGAAGAGUCGUGGAAAGAUUCACCGGAUGGUCAAGCGGAACUCCGACGACCCGGAAUUCCGGCGAGAACACUCCGUCAAUCCGCACCGUGCUACCGCGUUUCCUUUUGCGUCGAGUCGAAGAUGGAAGCAAACCGAAUCUACCGCAGAAACAGAGUCUGGGACUUGGAGGUCGUUAAUUCUAAAAAUCAUGUUAUAUAAUCUUGUACGGUACGCUUGAUAGAACGUUCGAUUUUGAAAUCUUCAUCGCGUUUCUUCGAUGCUUCUCCUGCGAAGAAAGAAUUUCACCGUGAGAUCACUCGAAGGUCGUUUGAAGAUAGCUUCUGAGUCACUUGGUGGUCGUCGGAAGGCUGCUUCAAAUAACUCGACGUCGAAAGGAAAUUCAAAGGAAAACACACGCACACUGUUACCGCUGGAACAGCAUUUACUCUAGCAGUACAGUUUAUACGAAGUGUCGCAGACACAUGGUUGGUGCUCGACGAACGAAUACCAAACGCACAUAAGAAAAUCCAAGCUAUCAUUCUUCUUCGAUGUUUCCAUUAUCCUGGUAGCGAAGGCUACGAUGAAUUAGUUUCUUUGACGAGGCUCGAGAUGUUAUCCGAGCCAAUUACACUUCCCAACUUAUCGCGCGAAGGAGCAAGAAGUAGCUCUUGCGAAGAAAUAGCCUUCUCUCGCAAGCUUUCGUUGUGAAACGAGUCUACCAACGUGUAUUUGAUCUUUAAUCGGAGUGCUUGUUUUCAAAUUAAGAGGAUCUUUUGUACGUUUCGGCUCUAGGUCUAGGAAAUCUUUCACGGUUCGUUUCUUAAAAAAUUCUUCGUAGAAAAUUACCCGGAAAUCUGAACUUCGUACGUAGCUACUCGGUGGCAGUUGGGAAACGAUCGACGAACGAUCUUGACAUAGUACGACAUUCCGUGCACAGUUGUCGAUCGAUCGAAUGCCACGCGCGUAGAUUUGCUUUUGAGCAUCUGUAAAUCGAUUUCGGUGAUCCCUGAUGAUCCGCGAGAGGGAGAGCAAAAAAUAAAUCAAUCAAAGGAACACGAUGUGAAAGUUGGGGUCUCCGUCGAGUUUCUUCCCUUCGAUUUGCCUGCAAACGACGCUAGCGGAGUUAAAAAACACGCGAUCCCUCGUGAACCUUAGCCAAUUACGCGGAGUACUACCUUCCAGUGUACGCCGCAUAACCGUUUACACAACCCAGCCGAGGGCCUCGCGUUUUAUUUCACUCCAUUUCGCUCCGGGGGUGGGUUGGGGUGGGAGGGAAAUUGAUGUUAGUAGGGUGAAGGAAAUUUUUAAAACAGAAGAAGCAAAAUCUGCGAAAGCAUCGUAUAAGCGACCACACACGGUCGCCAUGUCAGCCAAAAAGAUCACAGAUAUACAUAUGUGUGUAUAAAGGAGAAAAGAAGUAUAUAGUGUAUGUAUACAUACGAUAUAGAUAUUUUAAUAAGAGAACCGUUCAAAGAGAUUUAAUAUAUAUACAUACAUAUACAGAUAUACAUAUAUAUAUAUAUAUAUAUAUAUAUACACAUAUACAUGUAUAAGUAUACACAUACAGUAGGACGUAUGUAGACGACACUCAAUAGCAAAGCGUUGAAGUGAUAAACCGUAAAUGGGAUCCGAAGAGUUACCAGGUUCUCGAGGUUCGACUGCUGGACGAACGAUCGUCAUCGAUACAAGAGAAAAUUAUCGAAGCUUUUCGAUCGCAAGGGAAACGUCGCCGUAAACCAACAAGAAAGAAAGAGAGAGAGAGAGAGAGAGAAAAGAAGAAGAAAACUCGUCGAUUUCUGUUCUGAACGAGGUGCUUCGUCGCGACCGUGCGUUUCAUCGUUUCGAAACGGUAUGCGCGUGAAAAUACGUUCUGCUACUAAGUACCUGAUUCACCUUUCAAUUUGCUUUCGAAGAGCAACUCGGCCGUCUAAACGGCUGCCCGUUGCUCGCUAACAUAGCCAUUUUACUAACGCGUAACGUUCGAUGCUUGACUUUUCGCUCGUAUGUACCAUUACAAACGGAAUCGUUCUAUCGUAACUCUAAACCUCCUUCGCUCCCUUCGAGGAACGACGUCUCCUGCGCGUCGCGUCGCGCCGUUUUUCUCGCGAUCGGACGCGAUUCAUCACUGGCGAUUGAAAUUCACACGAGCCGGAAGCUCGCUUGAAAUUCACAGGAUACAGAAUUUCGUGGUACAAGUACGUGGGAAGAUCGAUAGGGCGUUUUAUAGACGUUGCAGCCAGUUGCACCGAGUCGCACACGGAGAAAAUGGAAACGAUUGAUCAGACGCAAUCAAAAGUGCUACGCGUACCUCGACGAUCGACACGUCCAGCAGCGUUAUCGGCGAGAAUUUAUGGAAACGGACGAUCUCUCUUCUUCGUGCAUUUAUUCCAAUUACUCUUCAUCCAGUCUCUCGUGCAAGAUCCUUUCAAUCCUGUUAAGCGGACUUGCAACAAAACGAAUUCAAUGGCCGCGUGUUUAUGCCACCAACGGUCCUUUGAAUUCGCUCGUUUUAUUCGCCGAGCGUCGUUUUUGAAGCGGCACUAUCUUCAUCCUCGUUUUACAUUUCUUCCCUUCUUUUUCCCCCUCUUUCCCUUCUAUGAGGAGCAUCGUCGCGAAGCGUCCCCGACCUUGCGAACAAACGAGAUUUCGUUGCAUCACGCGGUUGACGCGUGAUCACUGGACCGACCGAUUAGUUUCUACCUUUUUUUCACUCGAUGGAAUAUUUUGAAAUUCGUGUCGUUGUCGAACGACAGCUCGCGGAUAAGUAUUUUUCACUCGUUAGAAUUAGGACGAACGCUGAUUAAAGGGAAACGUUGCCGAGUGCCGUGCUCCUAUCGCCUGGCCAAAAUUCCAGCGUUUCUUUCACCGAAUUGUAUCGCGCUGCAACAAAUUGGAAACUCGGCCAACUAAUUUCUUAAUUGAACUCGCGAUAAAAUAAACGAUCCAGGCCAUUCCGCUCGAACGGAAACGAAUAGCCCGGCAAACAAAAUGCAAGCAGACCGCCGGGCAAAACCUCGUAAACCGAAAGUAAUGGAAAUUAUAAUGCUCGCUCACGGCACUCGAGGAUUUUCCAUUUAAUCAUGCCUACCGAUGUUUGCUGUUUAAGUAGAUACUUAGAAUCGAACGACAGCGAGCGGAAAAUGUGCUUUGCUCUUUGAUGGACAUUCUCUAUUUGUUGGAAUUUAAGAACGUCGUUUUCGCAUGGCCAGCCCCAGCUCCCGUCGACGUCGCGAAUCGAUAACGAAAAUCCUCUGUGGAAUUCCAUAGAGUCGAGGGAAACUCGCUAAAAUUUGCCGCUGAUAUUGCAAAGGUUUUCAGAUACCUUCGAGCGAGUAACAUUGAUUGCAAAUACGUCGCAUGGGAUAAGAGACAUUGCGGGUCGAGCAAAAUUGAUAGCUCGAAUUCGCGUGAUUCGAUGCUCGUCGGAACCGACGUCUCCUUUGACGCCGAUUUCUUUCCCAUUUUCCCUCUUUUACUUUGUACCAGGUACUUUGUACUGGUUAUACGAAACCGCGUAUCUGCGGAGAAAAAGAAUGCGAAACAAAAGCAGCCUCCUCGAGGCGAUCGGCCAUCGGUGGCUCGACUUAAACGAAUUAGAACAACUAGAAACGCAUCGAGCGAACAGUGUUCUCGCGUAGGUUGAUUAAAUCGAAUACUUAUGUAAUAAAAGAUACUUUGUUAGGCGCCGAGCCAACGUGUUUAUACGUUUUGUAUUUUCUAUACAAAGGUGUUGAACGAUCGCGACGAUUAGUUGGAUAGAAAUUAGCAGGGUUUUAGUUUAGAAAUUGGCAUUUCUAGAUUACGUACGAAGUAUCGAUCGGUAGGAUUUAGUUAUUAUCGAAAACAAAGGAACCAAAACCGCUAGAUGCAGAUUCUUGAGAUAUAUAUAAGACUUGAAAAGACUCGCGGAACGAAUUUUCGUCGUUUUAUCCGAAUAUAUCAAAUCGAAUUCUUCAGACCAAUUUCCAUUUCUUCACUUAUCACUUUCAGUCGUAUCGAAAACGGUCCCGAUGAUUCCGUUUUUCUCGUCGCUAUCAAUUCUACGUAUCUAUAUAUAUAUAUAUAUACGCGUAUAUUAUCCAGAGUUGCGUAUCUUUAAGGACAAUUUCGUUGUUUCUUUAUGACAAUCACGUAGAAUCAUGUGGCUACGUUAGUAGGCUGAUUUAACAUCGAUAGCUACCACUGAUUAUCUAUUUUCACUUCUAACAUCUUCAAUUGCUGUGAUUUUCAAACGAAAAAUUAGCUAAAACAUAGCUAGUCGAUUUUAUAGUUAGCGUAAACGUGGGUAAACUAAGUUCGAUUAAAAAUAAAAAAAAAAAAAAUCGCGCGGACCAGUGGUAGCCAGUUGGUUUCUGGUUAUGAUUCGGUUGUUGUGCAAAUUAUCACUGAAACAAGGUAUCUGCAUCGAUCAAUUAAUCCAAAGAAUCAAACUUCACGGUUAUACGCACAGUCUGGACCAGCAUGUAAUUGCAAACUCGAACAGAAGAAUCGUCUAUUGAACGCGAUAUUGUCUCUAUAGUUUCUUCGGUAUAUGCUAGUUUCGACUUUCGUCCGUUGAUUAGUCAACUGCAUACGCGAAACGACCAACGUUCUACAGAGAGAACCUUCCAUUCGGACCAAACAAUUCGAAACCGAACAUUCGGCGAGUCGUCGUCUGUGCGCGAAACGUGCAGCAAUUUGACGACAGUGCGAGUAAAUCGAACGACUAUCGUUUAUCGUUGCGACGAUUCACGCGCAAAUCGGAGACUCGCGAAACGAGCCGGCGAACUGGCGUGAGAAAUAAAAACGUAACUUUCGUUCGUCGAAUCGCUCGUAUUUUCUUUUAAUCGAAACGUUUCUCCUUGACGAGAUAUAUCGGUGUAUCGGGGCUGGCCAUGUCUCUUCUACAAAUAAAGCUAAACGUACUAAACUUACUAUACCCACUAAACGUAUCGAGAUUUCUAUUCGAUUUUACUCCCACGAAAAACUAUUAAUACUUGUACACUUUUAUCUCUCAUUCUCUAAAGUACUAUACACGCUAUAGGUUAUAACUAAAACAAAAAAAAAAAGAAAUGUAUUCCUGUCUAUAUAUCUACGUAUAUACACGAGAUCUCUGCUCUUUGAUCUGUCGAUCAACGUUUGUCUUUAAAUCGACGUCUUUACUCACCGCUUGCACGACUCUCGUAGAGACACCAAAGAAACAUAAAACGAUGCGUUAUUAAUCAAACAUAAAAGUAUAUGUAGGACCAUUUGGACUCGCGUCGCGCGAUAGUAUCGUCCUCGAUGAACGAAUCGAGGAUGUCGCGCGUUAUCCAACGGCCCGGCGUCCUCGCGCUAAAAGAAAAGGAAAGCAAAGAACAAAAAGAAAAAAAAAAGAAUGAGAUUCGACGAGCGAAAAAACAACGGCGACCCGAUAGAGAGAGGACUCGCUUCUUCGUUCGCGAUGCCGAUAUAAAUAAGAAAAGAGUUAUAAGAGGGCGGUCGGGCCGUGUUCCUUAGAAACAUUUCGAGAACUAAAGUUGUACCGUAAGAUAUGAAAACUUUGUAAAGUAGAUAGCGGAAAAGAGUGGAGGUGGAGAACGAGGGGUGAUAUUCUCGGAGAGCGGCACUCGCGCUAAUGGAGGAAGAAAAGCGUGCGGAACGAAAUGGAGAGGUGGAUGCACAUUGAAUCUGAGUUUUCUACCGUAUAAGCGUAAUACAACACAAAAUACUGCUCGCCAGUAGAAAUUAUAAACCAUGUAUAUAUGUAUUGUUGCGUUAUUGCCUAACAACUUAACGAUAGGUGCGUUACUACGAUCGGGAGAAUUAAACAAAUAAUAAAAACAAGUAAAACCUUCUUCUUCCUUGGCAUCAGGGACAUCUGUCCGAUGAUUAGGACGAGUGUAGAGUAUCGAUACCUUAUAAUUAGCCAUGUUGUAAAUAGAAGAUGAAGAUUGCUGAUUUUAUGAGAUUUACGAGUGUCAUCGAUGCGAGAUCGAAGGAGAUCGUUCGUUCGACAACCGUACGACUAUCGUCGCCGGUUGUUUCUUCGACUUUUUAGUUCCUCUCUUCGACCAUCGUCGAAAUAUAUUUACGAGCACCGGUUAGUAGAGUAUAGAGCACUUGUAAAGCAUAUGAUUUUUAGUUGGAGCGAACGGUUCGUCCGUUUGCUCGCAUCGGCGAUAUUCAAGUUCGUCGUUUCGUUGACCGUUUCCUCGCAGGUCGUUCAGAGGCCUCGAAUAAUUCUCGCUGUUCGAUCGAUUGCUAAUCGUAAGAUCCACGGUGGACGGCACACGUCCCGUUAGCGCGUAAGAAUUCCGACUAGAACUUAAGCCCAUAGCGAAGAUUUAAAAAGAAAAAAAAAAAGUAAUAAAAUCGAGAAGUUGAAUGUAACGUAAAGGAGGAAAAGAAGACAAAAAAUAUGAAAAAGAAGAAAAAAAGAGUUUACGGUUAAACAUAGCGAACACUGCAGAAACGAGGAAACAUUUUCCGUGCCCUGAGACAUUUCACACGGAUUCUCCGCUGUUCUUUCCACUCUAUCCAUCUUUGUCGCCCUUUUUAUCCCAUUUUUUUCUUUCUAUCCUCUCGUUCCUCUGAUCGAAGGCGAUCGAUCUGCCACGAUGUUGCUUCGAAUCGUUGUUAAAUCUAUACGAACGAUUGCUACUCCUGUUCCUUCUUGCCCUUUUAUUUAUUUCCCUUUCGUAUCAUUUCGCUUCCUUCGUUCCCUUCCCUCUUCCUAAUCCCUUGCGCUGUCCUUUAUGUUCCUUUGUUCCAUCUAAUUCCAAGUAACUGUGCGUUCGCCGCGUUUCGAUACGUCACGCAAAGAACUUACGUUAUCCGCAACCUUUGCGCCAUACAACGAAAUGCGAUUACGUUUACGUUGCGCUCGUAAAAGCGUUCGCACGAUUGUAUAUCGCUUGAAUCGAGAAACUGUUUAACCAACCUAGAGGAGGCAGCCACGCCUGGCGGGAAGGUCGAGACUUAUCGCGUAAUCGUAUUGCCGCCGAUACCUCCCCAAGGAGGCUCGAGCAAUUAACCCAUACGUACAACGAGAUAACGCGAUGUACGGUAAUGAACAAAGCGUCGCGCUCGUCGUUACUACGCCCAACUUAUUUUGACCCUUUCGGCCAACGAAUUCGCAGAACAAGAUAUAAACGAAGGUCACGGAUGAAAAACACGAUAAACGUUUUACGGAAGAGCAAUCUCGAGAUUAAACACGUCGUUAGCCAAUUCCACGUCGCAAUUGUUUUCGCCAUUAAACAUCGGGAUUUUAUUGAAAAACUUUUAUCAAAUUGGCUUGUUCGAUCGACGAGUCUCAUAUCGACGAAGGUAGAUUUGUAUUACAUUUCGUAUAAAGAUACUUGUUUUCGGUUACCAAACGACAUAAAAGUCAGAGGAUGAAAAAAAAAGCAACUUAUCGUCUAUCUGCCGUGUGGUCUUCGAAUCUAUUACGAGCGAGUAUAUUGGAAUUUCCAAAGCAACCGACCGGUAGGUAGUAAAGUCAUAUCAAUUUAAUUCUUCGUCCCGAUACGUUUGCUUUGAGGAUCGCGGCCACUCGUAGCCGCCUCUCUAACGUCGAGCUCGUCUACCCAAAUGGGACUAACUCGAGAUAAAAUCAUUGGCGAACAAAGACUCGAUAAAGAUGCAAAACGGUGUAUCUGUGCGCCGAAAAAAAAUUCUAUGUCUGUAAGAGGGAAUCGACUUAAGAUAGGUCUGAAAGAUAACCGGCAGCCUGGAGGUACCCGGUGUCCCAUUAUGCGAAAGUAUCGAUCUUGCCGCUUCGUUCUUCUACUACGAGAAGCGAUAAAGCUUUAUGUUCCGUCUUCUAUGUAUAAUUCCUAUUGUACAGGAGAGCAAGAAAGGGCCGGACCCCGGUUCCUUCACAAAUCGUUGUAAGACGUUAAGCCGUUUUAUGCUUACGCUCAUUAUUAUUGGCAUUAUUAUAUACUGUGGAUUCGUCGUUCGUCGCUUGCGGCCAUUCAAGUGCUCUACGCGCUUCGAUCGAACGAACGUGGUGAACUGUUCGAGGAUUCGUUUGUCUGCCCUCCCCCUCCUUGAACGACGCGCAAACGACGAAGGGACGAACAACGUGUUAAUUGUUGAUGUACGAUCUCGUUGAGAACCCCUGAGGAAAAAAAACAGAUAAGAAAAAGAAAACUAAAAAGAAUCGAGCCAAAGAAGCUCGUUGCGAGAACGAGCAGUUAGAAUAUGAGCGAGAGGAAGAGUGUGAGAGAGGGAGAGAAAGGAAGAGAGAGAGAGAGAGAGAGAAAGCGACGGAAGCCGCUUGCCUUCGACGCAACGAAGAAAUAUUCCUCUGGAAAAAUCGAGCAGACUGAAGGGAAGGUUAAUCGUUAGGCGAAGAAUCCUAAGAAACUCGCGUGAAGUCACACAAACUGAAGAUACAAAGCCAAAGAGAUAUUUUAGAAAGAACUCGUUCUACGUGUACGCGAUGAAAGACUCUUUCUUCCUCGUAGUCGAUGGUCGAUCUCGUUGCUCGACCGCAAGCGGAUCACGCGUGCCGAAACAGCAUUACGCGAUCGACUAAGAAAUCAAUUAAUUGUAACUGAGUCGAAAGUGCAAAAUAUACAGACAUUAAAUGUUAUUUA